AUGGACAUUCUCCACUACACUAUACCUACCAUUCCCUUCAUUGUCAUCCUCCUCUUCAUCUAUAUCAUCCACCAUUACUCCAAUAAAAAGCUCUCCAAUAACCUCCCUCCAAGUCCUCCAUCACUCCCCUUCAUUGGCCACCUUCACCUCCUCAAAUCACCUCGCAACCUCUCCAUCCACUCCCUUUCCCAACUAUAUGGCCCCGUUGUUGCACUCCGUCUAGGUUCUCGCAACGCCAUCAUUCUUUCUUCACCGGCCGCUGUCGAAGAGGCCCUCAUCAAGAACGACACCAUCUUCUCCAACCACCCUGUUAUCAAAGCAGGUCACAUCCUUGGCUACAACAAUACCACCAUGUUCUUUUCUCCUUACAAUCCUCACUGGCGCAAUCUCCGUCGUCUCACCUCCUUACAACUCCUCUCCACUAGCCGGAUCAACCUCCUCACUAGUAUUCGCACCGAAGAGUUCCUCUCCCUUAUCCGCCGCAUGGUGAAGGACUCUUCAUCAGGUAAGAUUGACAUCCAAGCAAGGUUCUUUGAAAUGACUUACAAUUUAAUGUCCAAGAUGGUGGUCGGAAAGAGGUAUUACGGUGAGUGCUUGGAUGUUGAAGUGGAGGUUGCCAACCAGUUUAGGGAUAUCAUGAAGGAGGAAAUUCAGCUUAUGUUUUCUUUCAAUCCAAGAGAUUUUUUUCCGGCGUUGGGGUGGUUGGAUUUGCUUGGGGUGGAAAGGAAGAUGGAGAGAUUGCUUCCAAGAGUUGACCGAUUCCUCACAGACAUCGUCGAGGAGGCCCGGAGAAAGAGGAGGAAUGAUCCGGCCAACGGCAAUGAAGAAGCGGAGAAAGAGACUAAGGAAGAGGAGAAAAGUCUGGUUGACGUGAUGCUAUCAAUGCAGGACACAGAUCCCGAGACAUUCACUGAUGAAGUCAUCAAGGGCCAUAUUAAGGUUAGCAUUCUUUACCUAAAAACUCUUCGGAAUUUCUCCACUUUGCCUGAAAAUACUACUAAAUAUUGA